AAUAGUUCGAAAUACAUUUACACUUUGGACAUCGGUUCCAUUGGUUUAUGUCACGGGUAACUAUGCGCGGUCGCAAUGUUCUGCAGUAAAAAUGCAGCCCAAUCAUUGUACCAGCUUCAAUAAUCAUUAAUUCCGAGUUUAUUUAUUUAUAAUUAUUUUUAAUUAUCAUCUUAAUUACAUCACACCUUUCCCAAUCUACACAACAUCAUGCAAAAAGACGGAGUAAGAUAUCGCCCUGGACGAAUUGGCAGACCAUUAGAGGAGGGAUACAGUAAUUUACCCAGCUCAAUUAAAAAAAAAUCAUCACUUUCAAAUGGCACCCAACAUCUUUUAUUUGCGUUGACAUUUUUUUUGUUAAUAUCGGUGACCGUAAUAGUAAUGGACAAACAUUUACCUGAAGGAAAACUAAUUAAGAAUGAGCACAAGUAUCCGGGUAAAUUUAUCGCCGAGAGGGCGAGAAACCACGUUGUCAAUUUAACGUUACUGGGACCUAGAGUAGCCGGUAGUUAUGCUAACGAAGUACGUGCUGUCAAUUACUUGACAGCUGUUAUUAAUGAAACUAUUAAACAAGCUAAUGAUAAUCAUAAAAUAGUUAUUGAUGUUACUAAACAUUCGGGUGCAUUUCCGCUUACCUUUUUGGAUGGUAUGACAAAUGUUUAUAGAAAUGUACAGAAUGUUAUUGUUAAAUUGGGCCCAAGGAGAGAUCCAGAACACAGUUUACUGUUGAAUUGUCAUUUUGAUUCAUUUCCUGAGAGUCCUGGUGGAUCUGAUGAUGGUGCUGCCUGUGCUGUUAUGCUAGAAAUUUUGAGAGUUUUAGCUACUAGCUCUAGAUACCUUAGACAUAAUAUUAUAUUUUUAUUUAAUGGAGCGGAAGAAAAUUUACUACAGGCAUCUCAUGGAUUUAUAACACAACACCCAUGGGCUAAAGAAGUAAAAGCUUUUAUUAAUAUAGAAGCAUGUGGUGCAGGUGGACGUGAAUUAUUGUUCCAAGCUGGUCCUGAUAAUCCAUGGAUUAUUGAAGUAUAUUCAAAAGAGGUCCCAUUCCCAUAUGCUUCAUCUUUAGCUCAAGAAAUAUUUCAAAGUGGAAUUGUGCCAGGUGAUACUGAUUACCGUAUAUUUAGAGACUUUGGCAAAGUAUCUGGUGUUGACUUUGCGUGGACGACCAAUGGUUAUGUCUAUCACACCAAGUUUGAUUCAGUGGAACAAAUUGCACUUGGAGCACUUCAGCGGACUGGUGAUAAUAUACUCGCAUUAACUCAGGGAAUAGCUACAGGAAAUUAUUUAGGAAAUCCAUUACUUCAAGAUCACGAUGGUAGUCUUGUGUUUUUUGAUUUUCUCGGAGCUUUUGUCAUACGAUGGCCCCAAUUUAUCGCCACUAUUAUAAAUAUUACCAGUAUAUUUAUAGGAGCUUAUUCAAUAUAUUUGAAUAUGAAAGUCACUCGUCAAGAGUUGAAAACUUCGACAUAUUUAAAGCAAAUAUUAAUUUGCGUCUCAAUAAUCUGUGCCUCAUGGAUAAUUUCAAUGGUGUCAGUAACAUUCAUUGCACUUAUUCUUACAAAACUUGAGAAAGUCAUGAGCUGGUACGCUAGACCAGCCUGGUUAUUUUUUCUUUACGUUUGUCCGACACUCGCAGUAUCUAUGCUCUUUUUUAUGUACGCAGCAAAUCGACAAAAACAGGUAAUUAGUACACCUUGGACCUUGUAUCAGUUAUACAGUGAUGCUUAUAGUGUAAUUUGGAUGUCAGUAUUGUUAGCUUGCAUUUUAUUAGAAAUACGUUCAGGGUUUAUACCAUUACACUGGGUAAUAUUUCCAGCAUUUGGUAAUAUUGUACGACAUAAUCUCUUUGAAAAAUGGAGAGAUUGGAAAUGGCUGUGUUAUCAAGUAGGAAUAUUAAGUUUGCCAUACAUGCAGUCAUUUUAUUUAUCAAUAGGCGCACUAUAUUUAUUUAUACCGAUAAUGGGCCGUAUAGGCGCUGGUACCAAUUCCGAAGUUAUAAUGGCUAACAUGUUGUCAAUAUUAUUCUGUUUCUUACUAAGUUUUACGAUGCCAAUGGUAAUAUUAAUUAAAAAUGCUGGACGUGUAAUAAGUGUGAUGAUAGGUUUAUUUUAUUUGUCAGUCGCAGUACUUAUAUUAACACCUCUAGGGUUUCCUUAUAGCGGUGAUGUUUCAUCGCCUGCGCCCCAACGAUUUAUGAUUGCGCAUACUCAAAGACAGUAUUAUGAUGUAGAUGGUAUGCUAAAAUAUUCAGGAACUGGAUAUUGGUUAGUAGAUUUAGAUAUGAAUUCUCCUCAUAGCGUUCAGUCAAUGGUACCUGAAAUCGGUGCUGUACUACCUACUAAUUUAGACUGCGAAGAGCAACUGUUUUGUGGGUUACCUUAUCUCGUACCAGUUAGAAGAUUUUUAUGGAAAACAAGUUGGAUACCUGGACCAGCUCCCACAAUUAAAAUUCCCACUCAAUUGGAAUUGGUGUCAAAAAUAUCAAGAAAAAAUACGACAACUUUAACGUUUAAUAUAACUGGUCCGGAUCAUAUAGGAAUUAUUUUAUCGCCUUAUCCAGGAGUGCAUUUAAAACAGUGGAAUGUUGUUGGUGGUGAUCCACUAGCAUGUCCCUCGUGGAAUGAUCGUGAAGUUUACUUUAUUUAUUACGCUUGUUCAUCCGACUGUGUUCCUUAUAAUUUUUCAAUAGUCCUUCAAGCUCCCGAAAAUUAUAAAGAACCCGUAUUAACUAUUGCCUUAGCCGGGCACUUUUUGCACGGAGAAAAUCAAAAGUCUCAAAAGUUUGAAAAAUUCCUAAAACAAUUCCCAUCAUGGACAGUAAUCACACCAUGGACUGCGUCUUAUACUUCAUGGGAAUUUUAAACGUGAUUCAUUUAUUUAUUCAAUACUUAUAAUUAAAAAAAAAAAUACAAAGAGAUAAAAUAAAGAGAAUAGAACUAUAGGAUUUUCGAUACAAUGUUUAUUGUAUUAAGUGAUAUUUAAAAUUUAUAAGUAACAGAAUAAUUAAAAUUAAUAAUUUAAUAAUAUACAGAAAUAAAAAGCACACUUAGACGGCCUAGAUUAAUUAGUAUUUCAAUAUUAAUGUAAAGUGACAUUUUGUCUGUAAUAUUUACUAUAAAUAUUUACACAAUUUUUUACUAGAACCAUCUUUACUAAAUGGUAAAUUUAAAAUAAUUAAAAUUUAAACUUUUUCAAUAGGUAUUAUAAUAAAAAUUUUCUUAUUAAAAAUUACAAACUCGUUAACGUAUAGUUAAUAAACGUAUGACGAGUUAAUUAGCCUGCAAAAUGUGCCGUAUUAAUAUUUAUAUAAAUUUAUUAGUAUAUUGAAUUGACCAAAAAAAAAAGGUUUAAAAAAAAAAAGUAAAAGUAAUUUUUUUUUAGUACUUUAAAAUUCGUGAUAGACACCAAACGAUAAUAAUUAUUAUAAAUAAUAAUAUAACACAAGUGCUGCAAUAGGUUUUAGUAUAAUUAUAUUAAUAAUAAUACUAAUAUUAGCUUCAGAUUAAAUUUUUACUGACUACUUUAUGCUCCAAAUAAAAUUAUCUCACCAUCUCGUGUAAUGUCAAAUAAAACUAUUAUAUAUAUAUAUUCGUAAAAUUAUGAAAAAAAAAAAAAAAAAAAAAAAUUAAAAUAUUACGCUGUAAAAAAUCGGGAGUGAAUUCGGAGUGAUUGCAAAUUUUAUUUCAAUCCAUAUUCACUCCGAUUUGGAGUUUUAUUAAAAUAAAUUCCCCUUCAAAGUGAAUUUAAUUCCAAGGGGAUUAAAUGAACGGCCACCCGUUCCGCAUUCACUCCGGAUUCAAUCCGCGUUCACUCCGAAAAUUUUUUACGGUGGAUUAAUAAAAAUAAAAUAGAUACUGAUCUAUUUAAUGCGCUUUCAGUACUCAAUAUGUUGAUGAUUAAAAUGAAUUUUUUUUUAUUAAUAAAUUUGUGAUUAAAUGA